AUGGCCGCUCCAAAAGUAUGGGAGCAGUCAGGGUGGCAGGAAUAUCUGUCUGCUCGGAACUCUGGACUGCCAUAUCUUCCGGCCGUCACAGAACUCACCAACGAAGUCGUACGAAUACUUGGCGGAAACCCCGGCGACAUGCAACUGCAAGGAACCAAUACAUAUCUAGUCGGAAGCGGUCAACAACGAAUUUUGAUAGAUACAGGACAAGGUUGUCCAAUCUGGCUCACAAAUCUGGUCAACUAUCUUGACCAACACCAUUUGAGCAUCUCCAAGGUACUGCUGACCCACUGGCAUACCGAUCAUACCGGUGGUCUCCCGGCGCUACUGGCUCAGUACCCACAUCUGGCAGCGGCGGUCCACAAAGCCGACCCGGACCGGGGUCAACAUUCGAUUCACGACGGACAGACUUUCACCGCCCAAGGGACUACACUGCGAGCCCUAUUCACACCCGGACAUAGUCAGGAUCAUAUGUGCUUUGUCAUGGAGGAAAGCGGCGCCAUGUUCACAGGUGAUAAUGUGCUUGGACAUGGAACCAGUGUUGUUGUGGAAGAACUAGGGCCAUACAUGAGGAGUUUGCAGACCAUGACCCAAAGUGUGCUCAAUGAAGAUCUAACAGUUGGAUACCCCGGGCAUGGUGCCGUGAUUGAAGACCUGCCAGCCAAACUCAUGGUUUGGAGCAGACACUGGACAGUACGAGAAAAGAAGGUUUUGUCAGCGUUUAUGGGGGGCUCCGCAAAGAGAAAAACAUCGUUCACGACACGAGAGAUCAUUGUAUGUCUCUACGGACCAGAGAUGGAGACAAUGGCCACUCCAUUCAUAACUCAGGUUCUAUCGAAACUGGCUGACGAGGGGAAGAUUGGACUCGCUGUUGCAGGAAAAGAGCGAAAGUGGUUGAUGUUGUAG